AUGUCACAUUCUGGUGUGAUGUCAAAGCCUGACAACCCAACUUUUUUCGGCUGCCCAUCUGAGCGUCUUACGCUCUCUCGGUCUCUGAGACGGCUCUAUUGGCCUGACGUCAGCAGUAUAAUAUUCAUGUUCUCAUGGCAACAUUAUCUUUAUUACAACUUCUUCUCUUUCAAAGAUUUCGGUUUCAUCUACCGUGUUGCCUUGCGGCCAAAUUCUUCUAAUCCACUCCCUCUUACCCCUCCAUCCCGGCACCCCAGGCAGCCUUUCCUGCUCCUUUCUCGUUCGUUCGUCCUCAUCCUCUUUCGCUCUCUUUCGCCCACUUUCGCCUACUUUCGCCUUCCUUCCAUCUCCUAG